AUUUUUUGGAGGCACCCUCACUAUCUCUCUCCCUCAGCACACCUUUUGUGUUGUUCUUCUGCCCCCUCCCUCUCGAGCCGAGUCUCCCCUAAGUCCUACAGUAUGUGUGCAAAGUGGGGUUAGUGUGCGAGCUGAAGGCGACCCGUGCGAGAUGCUGCUGAUGCUACAGCUGUUUGGACUCCAUGUCUCCUUCAGGGCCCUCUGAAGAAGACAAGACUGCACUCGUUGUGAAGAACUUCAGCACGGCACCCUGAGGAGCCCACAGCUUCCACUCACCAGUCCUCAUUUCCUCUUCAGCCAGCAUCAUUUUCCUCAUCUGUGGGAUUAAUUUUAAAGCAAGAAAAACAAUGACCGCCCAGCUGCACCGGGCGCUUGCGCCGUUCUUUUUCUUGGGAGUGUUACUGUCUGCAGUGGAAAGCAAAGGAACUUUCUAUGGAGGCCAUGUCAACCCUUUCUAUGGACACAGAUACAACUUGUACAAGGCUGGAAUCAACCCCCAGUAUGCCCCAAACAAGCCUAUGACUCGCCACAAAAACCACUGUGCUUAUGUGGUCCAGAGAAAUAUCACAUGCACCAUGCAGGAUGGAGUGGCAACAUAUGUGAAGGCGGAAUACACGACUAAAUGCAUCUGGGGACAGAAAUGUCCUGUUGUCAUGUACAGAACGUUCUACAAACCAACAUACAAAGUGGGUUAUAAAACAGUGACUGAGCUGGAAUGGAGAUGUUGCCCCGGCUUCUCUGGGGAGAACUGCUAUGAUGGGCCUGACAUGGGAGCUGCUUUGCCACAUCGCCCUGAGAUAAAGGGUGUUCCCCAUGGCCCAAGAAUCCCAAUUGACCACUGGCCUGGAGGAGCGCAGCUGGAGCCUGGAAAACCUUACCCCGGUCUGCCUGAUCACAGAUCAGUACCCAGUGGACAGCUGCCUGUGGGGAAACCAAACAAUGGGAACAAAUUUGGGAUUUCCGGUGUGACUGGUGAACGUUUGGAUCGUAUGGAGGAUGAUCUACGGCGCCUAACUCAGGGUCUUGAUACUCUCAAUGGGAUGGUGGCGGGUCUGGAGGAGCGACUGCGUACAUCUCUUCGGGAAGACACCAACAAGAUCCUGGUGUCCGUUCUUCCCUACACGCCACGAGGUCCUGACUCAGCUGUCGGACACGGGUUGAUCCCCGAUGGGCAUCCUGCUGUACUGGAAGGGGAAGAAAGCUUCAAUAGAUUUGGGGACCUUGCAGGGAGGGUGACAGAAGUGAAGGAUGAGCUACGGGCCAAGACACAUAUAUUAGAGGAGAUUCAGGGAAUGGUUCUAGGCCAUGAUGGGCAGCUGAAGAGACUACUGGAAGGAACAAGAGGAAGGCCCAUUCCCAGCCCUGGCUCAGCGCUUCUGGAUGACAUCCUUGAUGCCAGGCUGGCCGGCAUUCAGGCAGAGAUCUUGGAUGGAUUUGAGCGCCGGCUCACUCGUCUGGAGAACCACUGUGAAGAAAAGAUUGGGGCAGUGCAGAGACAAUGCCACAGGGAGAACAUAGAUGGCCAAGAACAGAUGCAGCAGUCCCUUGAUGGAAGAGAGACUGGAUUGAGAGCAGAGUUGGGCUCUUUGCAGGCUCAGAUACAAGGCCUAACACUCACAGAGAGCUGCUGUGGACAGGUAACCAGCCUCUCUCAGCGUGUUCUUCUACUGGAGGAGUCGGUGAAAGGUCUCACAGAAUCCCAGAGACAGCUGCAGUCAUCCCUCAAUGAGCAGAAUAUCCACGUGGAGACGCUGAUUGAGACCCGCUUGGUAGACAUAGAGGGUCGUCUCAAUUCUACAGAAGGUGGAACGGAUGGAUUCCAUGGUGGUCUUGAUGGCUUCAGGAGCAUGCUGGACGACAAGUUGAAAACCCUAGAGGAGAGGGUUUUUGUGGCUGUUGAAGAGCUGAGCAACGCCACUGUACCGGCACUUUUAGAGGGCCAGGCGGUCCCGGCCCUGGAGUCUGAGAUCGAGUCUGUGAGGAGGAGAUUUGAUGAAAAUCUGGAUGGCAUUGAAAAACGCCUCAUAGACCUGGAGCUUCUCUGCACCUCCUCCUGCUCGCCUUCUACUCCUCCAGCAGGGGGUGUCAGAGGGAGUGUGGUGGGAGAGCAGUGUGAGGAGAUGGAGAAAAAGAUGACAAAUCGCUUGGACUCUCAUUCCAAGCAGUUGGAUCGUCUAAACAACACACUGCAGAACCUGCUCUUCCGCAUUGCCCAGGAGGCGGCUGGUGACUCGGUCUAUGGUGAGAUAACCCUGCUGAAAGUCAACAUCAACUCCGUCAACCGCACCCUCAAAGGCCUCAAGGAUUCUAUUAGUUUUAUUGCAAGUGAGGUUGGCCAUGCCAAUUCCACCUGGGAACAGCGGGAACACCAGCUGGUCAAUCAGGUACAAGGAAUCACCAAAAUAGUGGGCCACCAAGCCUCUCUGCUGGGGUCUGGGGAACGGCAUCUAGCCCAGCUAAAGGGGGAACUUGUGGCCUUAAAGAGACAGCUCAGUGGGGAGCUUCAGGGCUGCCGGAGCACAGCUAGAGAAGUUCAGAAGGAGGUUAUGGACGUGGAUAGCAGGGUGAGCCACGUAGAGGGUCAGUGUAGCAAUUUGGGGCAGCUGGCGGAGCAACUGGAGAGGAUCAGGGCAGAGCUUGAGAGACACUCAGACUCUUACCUGGCUCAGGUGAACGGCACCCUGGCCGACCAUUCAGAGCAGCUUGCUGAACUGAAAGGAGAAAUCAAAGACUGCGAGCCAAAGCAGGCAGCAUACCGGAAAGGAGACCAGUAGUAGCUUGAAAAAAGAGGCUUGUGUGUCUUUUUCAAUUGGCUCAAGUGAUGUCUUCUGCUUGCUUCCCCUCCUUUCAAUUUCCAUCUGCACAAAUGCAAAUUAAUUGGAGCGGUGAAAGCCAUUUCCCAUAAGCCCUCCACCGCAGUGCCUCCAGAUGUCCUGUUUGUGUAGUUCAGCCAAAUGAGGAGGGCACACGCACUUGCACACAAACACACACACACACACAAACACACACACACACAAACACACACAGACAUUUCAAAGACACACCUAUGGCUGUGUAUCACUCCCUACAUUUGUCAUCUUUUUAACUUAUAUGAAGCGACUGUAUUGUUAUGAAUUAGAUAUGUUUGUGCAAGAAUGAAUGACCUGGGACUAACACGACAUUGCUACGGGUUUUUGCUGACAAGCACAAAAAACACUUUCUGUGUGGAAAAUUCUUCAUAAAAAAAAAAGUAUGUUAUUUCAAUGUGGUGCUAUUUACGUGCUUGUAAACAUCUGCCAUGUACACA